CGCUCACAAACCGGGGGGAGGAUCUGGAGACGUGAAGAGGAGGUGAGAGGAGGAGCGGACCCCGGACCAGACUGUAUAUCAGACCCUCACUCUCAAGCUCUGCUCUCCUGCUGGGUCUAAAAUCCUUGUUUCCUCCGGGUCCACUAUGUUGGGACAGCUACUUCUUCAGAGUGCGGUGAUCCUGUGGCUGGUGCAGUCGACACAUACAACUGGUUAUGGAGCUGCAUCAAGAGUAUCCAAUGGACAAGGGCAGCAUCCUUACGGAAAUAAACCCCAAAACGGUGGAGGACUGGGAAGAAUGCUGAUUCCAUCAAAAGGUGUGGGUCAGGCCAUGGGAGCACAGCAUGGACACGGUGGAUACCCUACGAAAGGAGCAGGUUAUGGACGAGCAGCUGGAGUUCCAACAGCAAACGGAGCGAAGUCUAAUGGCUACGGAGCCGCUGCUGGUGCGACCAAUGGAGGAGGAGUGAAAGGCUACGGAGCAGCAGCUGGAGUGACAAAUGGUCAAGGUGGCAAACCACAGGGAGGAAACCCAGCACACGUACCAGGUGGAAAUGGAGCUAAAUCCUCUGGAUAUGGUGUUCAGGCUGGUCCAGCUAAUGGAAGACAAGUGAAGGGCAACGGCUACGGGGCUCAGGCUGGUGGAUACGGUGGACAAGGAACUAAAGGUUACGGAGUUCCUGCUGCUGCUGCACCAAAUGGAAACGGUGGACAUUUGAAUGGUUAUGGUGCUGCAGGUGUUCUGGGAGGGAACGGAGCUAAAUCCAAUGGAAACGGUGCCGCAGCUGCUGCACAUCAUGGGCUCUUAAAUAAAGGCAAAGGUCAAGGAGCUGCAGCCGGUCCUUCCAGUGGAAAUGGGGCGAGACCAAAUGGACACGGAGGAGCCGGCAGUAAACCCAUGAAUGGAUACGGGCGUCCACCUUACGGAGCAGGUGCAGGUGUGGGAACGGGACCCUCCAGAGGUGCGGGAGUGCCUCAGCUGGCCCGGAACCAAGGGAAAGCAUAUGGCGGCAAUGGUUAUAAUGGUUACGGAGCUCAGCCCAUGGGAGCCUAUAAUGGCGGUUAUGGUCAGGCUGGUAUGGGUCUGGGGUCUCGGUAUGGAAAUGGAGGAAUGAAGGGGCCGAAGCACGGUUCCAAUGGUGCUGCUGGUGUGCCCAAUGGACAAGGAGCAAAAUCCAAUGGUUAUGCAGGAGUCAGAGGCCCUGGGGGAAAUGGAGCCAGGCCCAAUGGUUAUGGAUUCCAGAAUGGUGGAGCCACCAGGCCGGCAAAUCCAGGGUAUGGUGGCUUUCCUAAUGGGUAUGGAUCCAAACCCAAAGGUUACGGAGCCAACAGGGGAGGAGCAGUGAGAACUCAACCAGGUUAUGGAAACGGAAAUGGAGCUGCUCCCAAUGGAUAUGGAAAUAAACCCACUGGUUAUGGAGCUGGAGCUGGAGCUGGAGUUCCCAAUGGAUACGGAGCAAAACCCAACGGUCAUGGAGCCAGAAACGGGGCUGCACUCGGGGGAUAUGGAAGCCAUCCAAAUGGACAUGGAGGAACGAGAGGAGGCGCCAAACCUCAAACUACCAAAGGAGUUGGAGCUGUGUCCCCGGGUGAAGGAGCUAAAACACUCGGCACCGGCUAUGGUGUUCCUGCUGGUUUACCCAAUGGACAGUUGGCUAAAGCGGCAAAUACUGGUUACGGCGUGAUGCCAGAUGCGAUGGGUACGAAGGGGGCAGGUGCUUCCAGUGGAAAAGGCCUCAAGGGUGGAGCUUUCCCUCCGAUGCAGCCAAGUGCAGCACCACAGGAGGGCGCUCCGCCUCAACUAGCAAUAACUCAAGGUGCAGCGCCUGUUGCCCCUGCUGCCCCAGCCCCUGAGCCAACCAGUGGCAUCCUUGUCAUGGUGACACAGGAGAAAUAUCAGAAGCAACCGUCACCUGUGCCACAAGGAAAAGGCUACAAGCUGAUGCAGCUAAUCGCCACACCAGAGCCAGCACCAGCACCUGAAGCCACACCUGAACCAGCACCCGUGGUCCCACAGGGAAAGGGUCUGAAGGAAAUCAUAUCCGGACCUGAACCAGGGAUUUCCCACAGUGACCCAGAACCAGAGCCGGCAGCAGUCGUCCCUCAAGAGAACGGAGGAGGAUCUUCAGUUUCCAAGGGAAAGGGAGCGAAACCUGACUGUGGACCAUCAGGAGUACCAAACGGACAAUGGAUGAAAAUACCUAGACCAGGUUACAAUGAAGGUGCUGGAGCAGCUGGCUCGAAUACAAAAGGUUAUGGAGCCGGAGCUGGUGUUCCCAGCACACAUGGGGCUAAACCCAACGGAUACGGUGCAGGUGCCGGUGCCGGGGCAUUUUCAAAUGGAGGAGGAACUAAAGCAAACAAACCAGCUUAUGGAGCAGGAGGCUACCCUGUCCCUGGACUCGGCAACGGAUAUGGAGCUGGGUUCAGAUUUCCUUAUGCAGGGAACCCGAAGCAGCCUGGUUACGGACAAGGAGCGCACCCUGGAGCCGGAUAUGGAAAUGGAAAUUCAUACGGAGGAUAUGGAAAUGGCUACACCGCUGGUGUACAACCUGACUUUGCAAGUCUCGGCCAGGGUUCACCCACUGCUGACGCCAAAUCAGGUGGUGCAGCACAGGUUCCUUACAACGGAGCCCCAGUGGUUCCUGCUGGACUUGAUGGCAUUAGUCAGUUUGAGCCUCAGGCUGCUGGACUCGGACCAAAUGGAAAGCUGGGCAGCGUGUACGGUGGAAUGGGCGGCUUGCCUUUCGCCGGUCAUGGAAUGGGUGCAGAGAAAUUCAACGCCAAGUACGGCAUUGGUGGGUUGCAAUUUGGUGGACAACCCCUCAGUACAGGAACUAACGGAGCAGGAAAGCACGGAUACGGUGGAGGACCAUAUGGACCUACAGGUGACGGGAAAUCAGCUGGAAACUAUGGCGGCCUCGGUGCCGGCAUGGGAGGGGAACCUGCCCCUGGACAAUAUGGACACACUGGGUUCCCCAAUGCUGGCCAACAUCUCGGACUUGGCAGUAAUGGAAAUAUAGCUGGAACAUAUGGUUAUGGAAGAAUGCCUUAUGAAGCUCAGCCAGCUGCACUGAGCCCCGAAGUCAAAUCUACUGGACAAUAUGGUCUGCCUGCGUCACCAUAUCAGCCUGAACAUGUCGGUCUUGGACACAAUGGAAAGUUGAGCAGCCAAUAUGGUGGCGGAGAAGUUCCCUACACACCACAAGCUCUUGGUUAUGGGGGCGAAGCCAAAUCUGCUGGGAAAUACGGAAACCAGGGGGCGUAUCCCUCACAGCCCCUUGAAUCUGUAUCUGAAGGCAGAUCUGUCGCAGAUUAUGAAACGGCCGGUUUACCUUACGAGUCCCUGCCCUCCGAGCCAGAUUCACCUGGAAAGUCUUAUGUGAAGGGAGAACUUCGGGCUCCAGUGGCUGCAGUAGAGAGCGAGGGGAUGUCUGUGGAUGGAUAUGAUAAUGUGGGCUAUAUAAACGGACAUGUGCAACCUGAAGCUCUCACUCCCGACCCCACCCUGGCCUACCCCUCCGUCCCGUCCUAUCUGCCUCUAGAAGCCUCCUUCGCACCUGAUGUGUUGCCUGGAGCGGGCGUGGAAGACCUGCCCGAUUCUGACCUCGGUCUCGAUUCUGCAGCCGCCACGGAAACGCACGGUGUGGUCGAGGUGCCUGAAGAAUCCGAGGACCUGCUACAACAGCAGCUGCCACGGCAGAUACACAUUCAACAGCAUCUCAAGCUGCAUUUUCACCCACAAGGAGCAAAGGAUAGAAAAUAUGAUCUGAAUAGCUUCUUUGGGAACAGUGGUUAUCAAGGUUAACUGUGCCGACAGUGACAACAUCUGUGUAUCUCACUUUAUCUCCUUCUCUUCUGCUGUAUGAUAUUUUUUAACUUUUUUUCCUAAUUGUAUAUUAAUUUUAUUUUGUCUCUGGUAUCGUCGUAUUUUUUGUGUUUGCUUGUAAACCAAGAGAUAAAAUAACAUUGAAGCAAUGUUGAGUUGUUCGGUUUUAGUGUAAAUUUCUGCGUUUCCUAUUUGUCCUGCACUUACUGUUCACUCACUAUAGCAAAGAAGUGGUUGAUGAAGACACGGAGAUGAAUUGCUACACGCAGUCAGGGAUUUAGUUGAAUUGGUCAGUUUUGCCUGGAUGUUCUCAACUCAAAAUACUUCUAUAAACCUUAAUUCAGUCUAAUUUAUUUUGCACGGAAAUGUUUUUGUUAGUUCUUCAUUGUAUAGUAUUUGAUCGAUUAAAAACCAUCUAAGAAUCCCAA